AUGAGUUGGAAUUUGCUAGAACGAUUCAUUGAGUCGGACCACUUCAACAAUGACCCGAGUCUGUCGGUCGCGUACUUGUCCCGGUAUGCAGAUCACGUCGGAAUUCACUACCACCUCUGCUCCAAGCUGCGACAGUUCUCAUGGGCCGAGAUAGAGUUCUUCUUGCCUCAGUUAUGCCACCUGCUCAUUAGUGUAGAAAAUGAGUCGAUGGCAUUGGAGGAGUUUAUAUAUGACCUGUGCGAGGAAUCCGUAAAUGGCGCCCUACUUACCUUCUGGCUAUUCCAAACCUACCUUCACGACCUCUCUCCGGACCCAAAUUCGAACUCCUUCAGGACAUGUCGAAGAAUAUACAACAAAGUGCAACGUAUAGUAUUUGGUGGUGCAGAGCCCAUCAAGAGAGAAAAGAUAAAAGAGAACAUAUUACCAGUCUCAGUUCUGUCAAGUAUCAUAAUUGCGUCUGCCGCAUCGCCUCUCUUAUCCAGACAUGCUGGACCCCUGGCCGUCGCUCAAGCCCGCAAGCCGCGGCCGCUGGAUGACGAUAUUAUAUCAGAUGGAAUCCAGGCGCAGAAGUUGAACAGAAGUCAGACAGUUGGUGGAGGACCUGCGCGGCAGCGAAGACCCAGACCAGCCCAGGGCCAUUCAGACCCAGAGGAUGCACGACAACCCAGUCGAGGAGGACCGACGUCCGUACCGAGUCAAAAGCCAUUAUCUCCCUCGAGCGAUGCUCUGAGAAAGUCACAGAGACCACGCGCUGCGGGCACGCGACCAUCUCUUCUCGCUAUAGGAAAGGAGGCCAGACUUUCAACGUCGUCUCUCCCCGAUUUUCGUCCUGGUGUAUCGCCAGCUCUACCCACACCGCCUGCAACGGCUGGGUAUGACACUCGCCCUAGCAAUCUUUCCGCGGCAAGGCGACGCUCUGAGGCUUCAAAACCUCUUAGUCCAAGCAACCUUACACGUGAGCAGAAACGGAGGUUGCUACGGGCAAAUUACUUCCGGAGCCAGACUCAAUUCCUCACCGCUCUGGAGGACAUCUCGAAUCGGUUGGUUGUUGUGCCCAAGCCCGCGCGUUUGAGCGCCCUUCGUGCGGAGUUGGCUUUGAUCGCUCAAGACCUACCUGCGGAAGUCGACAUUCCGCUAAUCUAUCCUGCUGUGUUGGAAGACGGAGCUGCUGCGAAAAGCAGACAUCAUCGCAUCGUGCGACUUAACCCCGCUGAAGCUACGAGUUUGAACAGCGCGGAAAGGGUGCCAUAUCUUCUCUUAGUAGAGGUAUUGAGGGAAGAUUUCGACUUCGACCCUGACUCGGAGGCGAACGAGCGUAUUUUGAGCAAGAUACUGCUAGAGAAAUCUUCCCAAAAACGGCGUCUUUUUGAUAUCACGAGUGCGUCGCCGACUCAAAUAUCUGCUAAAGGCGGCGAAGAAGUCCCAGACAGUGUGCUGGAGCCGGCGAAUGGAGAUCUUGGGACUACCUCCCUAAUGCGAGAUCCAGAUGAAGACAUUAUGAAUGUAUCGAAAAUCACAAUACACGCACCUUCAAGUCCGCUUGUACAGGCAGUGCUGGCACCAAGGUCAUCUAGCGGUGGGCAUACGACAUCGUCUGCAACGGCAGUAUCAACUCCUCGAAGCUCAGCGACAGACAUUAGCAGAUCUAACAGUCCUACCCCUCUACGUAAGAUGACACUACCAAUAAACAAUCGCAACCAAGCUCCUGAUCAACCUGACUUUUCUGCACUGGCUACGCAUAUGAGAACAGCCGCACAGAUGCUUGCUCAGCUUGAGACUAGUGGGUCCAAACGUCCGAAGAGCGAAGUGGCAGCAAUCAAAGCAAAGAUCAUCGCUAGUAUGCAAAGUCUCGAGGAACAAAGCUUCACAGACGAGAACAGUAGUCCUACCUUCGACAGCAUCAUGCAGGACACAAGUCGCCUCGCUCCUGGUGCUUCGCUCGAAAUCGACGACGCCCUAGACACCACUGAUCCAAACCUUAGUUCUGGUGCUGGCGCUGCCCGCAUGGAAAACGACUCCAAAACGGGCGGUGUCCAACGCAAAGGCGACCGCGACGAUCCCAGUGCCGCCACUUUCGGUGAAGAUUGGAUUGCGAAAAAGGAACGCAUUCGCAAAACCUCUCCCUGGGGCUGGUACAAGAACUGGGAUCUUAUCAGUGUCAUCGUCAAAACAGGCGCCGAUUUGCGGCAAGAAGCCUUUGCCUGCCAACUCAUCCAGGUCUGCUCGCGCAUCUGGAUCGAAUCCGCGAUUCCCGUGUGGGUGAAACGUAUGCGUAUCCUCGUCACGGGAGAAUCGUCCGGCCUCAUCGAGACCAUCACCAAUGGCGUCUCCCUACACUCGCUCAAACGCAGCCUCACUCUCGCCAGCAUUGCAGCCGGCACAAACCCGCGGAAACGUAUUGCCUCGCUACAUGAUCAUUUUGUCAAGACAUUUGGGAACGCAGAAAUGGACUCUCACGCCGACGCCGUCGAUGCAUUUGCCCGCUCACUCGCUGCGUACAGCGUCAUCUGCUACGUGCUACAGCUCAAAGAUCGACACAACGGCAACAUCCUGGUCGACACGGAAGGCCAUAUAGUACAUAUCGACUUCGGCUUCAUGCUGUCCAACAGCCCUGGCAGCAUGGGCUUCGAGGCCGCGCCGUUCAAGCUAACGCAGGAAUACGUCGACGUUCUGGGCGGCGUGGGAAGCGAGGCGUUUGAGCUGUUCAAGGAGCUGUGCAAACAGUCAUUCCAGGCGCUGCGCAAGGAGGCAGAGAGGAUCGUCAUGCUAGUCGAGUUGAUGGGCCAGCAUAGCAAGAUGCCCUGUUUUGCCGGCGGCGUGCAGACGAGCGUGCAGGCGCUGCGGCAGCGCUUCGUCUUGCAUCUCAGCCGCGACGAGGCUGAAGGCUUCGUCGAGGAGCUGGUCGCCAAGAGUCUGGGCAGUUAUUACACAAGGCUGUGAGUUUGCAUGGUGCUCUGUUCUGUGCUGUUGAUUGCAGGUCGUGCUAACCUGUGUGUGUGUGCAGGUAUGAUACGUUCCAGUAUCGCACUCAGGGUAUAUAUUGAAAUGCAAUAUGCUGCCAAACGACACGAUAUAUAUCUGUCCGUCU